GGGGCUGGAGUGCUGGACUAUAUAGAACUUGGGAGUAAGGAUUCUUUCUCCAAUUCCGACUCGUACGCGAGUUAGCCUGCUGGUGGGUCUUAAACCUCUUUUGGGAUUAACGAGUCACUAGGAUAAAUUGAUGUUCCGGACGGAUUCUUGCCAACUCUCCAAGCAAACAAACCCCACUGGAGGCUGGAGCGGUCAAGCAGCCAAAAAGCCCAAAACUGAUUGACACCGUGGACUCAAAGCCGCCUCCCUCCCCCACUGCGUCUCUCCCCCUCACACCGCGAGUUGGGUUCCAACCGCCGAGCUCGAUUCCAACCGGUGGCGGCGAGAUGAAGAUCACGGUGAUGACCGUCGACGAGCAGAUCCUCACCCUCGACGUCGACCCCGACGAAUCCGUGGAAAAUCUCAAGGCGCUUCUCGAGGUGGAGACUCGAGUACCGUUGCAGCAGCAGCUGCUUCACUUCAAUGGGAAGGAAAUACAGAAUGUGGAGAAGCUCAGCGCCAUUGGGGUCCGGGAUGGCGACCUUGUCAUGAUGCUUCCCACCAGUGAAAGGUCAUCUCAGGAUACUUUAAGGAUAAAUCCUGCUGAUGGAACUGCUGUGAACCCUCAAGCUUUUCAACAACAUAUUCGAGGUGAUUCACAUCUUAUGGCACAGCUCCUUCAGAAUGAUCCUCAACUAGCACAAGCUAUUCUUGGAGAUGACACCAAUGAGCUACAGAAUAUCCUGCGGUCCCGCCACCAACAGAAAACGGAACUGAAACGUAAACAAGAAGAAGAGCUUGCUUUAUUGUAUGCUGAUCCUUUUGAUGUAGAAGCUCAGAAGAAAAUUGAAGCUGCAAUCCGGCAGAAAGGCAUAGAUGAAAAUUGGGAGGCUGCAUUAGAGCAUAAUCCUGAAUCAUUUGCCCGAGUGGUAAUGCUAUAUGUGGAUAUGGAGGUCAAUGGUGUACCUUUGAAGGCUUUUGUUGACAGCGGGGCACAAUCAACUAUCAUAUCAAAAAGUUGCGCUGAACGUUGCGGGUUGCUGAGGCUUCUUGAUCAGCGGUUCCGAGGGGUUGCUGUUGGAGUUGGUCAAUCAGAGAUACUGGGAAGAAUACAUGUGGCCCCAAUAAAGAUUGGGCAUCAAUUCUAUCAUUGCUCUUUCACUGUAUUGGAUGCCCCGAAUAUGGAAUUCCUAUUCGGGCUUGAUAUGCUGCGGAAACAUCAGUGCAUGAUUGACCUAAAGGACAAUGUUCUCAGAGUGGGAGGUGGUGAGGUUUCAGUGCCCUUCUUACAAGAGAAAGACAUCCCUGCACACAUACAUGAUGAAGAGAAAUUGUCUAAGUUAUCCUCUCUUGGCCAAGCAACUGGAGAGUCAUCAAGGGCACGUGAGGGUACUCCCAAUCCGCCACAACAAACCCCUCCUUCAGGAGCUCCAGUUGCAAACCCUCCACAGGGAGGGGAUUUUGAAGCGAAAGUCACGAAGCUUGUGGAGCUUGGUUUUGACAGGGCAUCUGUAAUACAAGCGCUCAAGCUGUUCAACGGGAAUGAGGAGCAAGCUGCUGCAUUCUUGUUUGGUGGUUAGACUCGUGAGAGCAGCCGUUUCUGGCUUUCUGUUUGCUCAACCCUUUCCAGGGUUGAAUAUUUGAUAUUUAAGUGAUUAAAGAACUAGGACAUUGUUUGGCCAGUUAAAGGGCUUACUUUUAGAGAUCCUUCAUAUUCUCUUGUUUCUGAGAACAAACACUUUUCUGUACCUGAUAUAUAGACUUUGUAGACACGUGAAUGCAGACAAAACUGUAACGAUUUCUCCUCUUAUUAAACUGGCUCUGUACCUGAUACAUAGACUAAUAGACACCUGAAUGAAGACAAA